UACCACCAACCAACACCAUCACCAUUACGACUCCAAUGGCCGCUGUUUGCCGGCUUUUGUUUGUUGUAGCAAAAGUCGCGUCGAACAAAAAUCAUUACUUCUAUCCACAUCCCUAUCACAACUGCCUCUAAAUAAAAUUGUCAUUUUCCCUGCCGUUUACUCCGCAGCAUCCCACCUCCCACAUGCUCGUGAACAGUUCCAGCAUGCUCGUAACCAGGAGUAAGGUGAGGAUAUACCUCGGCAUUUCCGUCAUGCUCAAUAUCAUCGUCCUCAUAACUCUCUUCCUGCCAACCGAUAAAGCUCAUGGACUCAUGGGGGAUGAGGCUUGGAAGGAACUCGCCAAGUAUGGGCUGACCAGGUGGUCGGAUGAUGGGGCCUUCUUGACUGUGCCUGCCAGAGGUUGCAGCAUGUGCGAAGUGGACCCGGUCCUUUGUGAAGAGAUUGGGGAGGACAAUCUCAAGCGAUCACUGGCAUUUUCGGGCACCAACCGCCGACUCAAACGAGUAUUAGCCAAACUCAGACGAGGCGAGACCAUUAAUGUCGGUGCCAUCGGUGGCUCUGUCACAAAAGGCUACGGAUUAAAUCGUUAUAAUGAACCAUACUAUCCUGACACACCUACUAACCUCCAUCGUAUCAUAUUCGACCACCUCGUUAGUCUUUAUCCUGCACCUAACGGAGUCAAGACAGAUGAUAGCGGAAGGAAAGAGGGAAAGCAUGGGUACAUCAAUGGCGGGCAAGGAGCGACCGGUACUGGUUACUUUUCUUAUUGCUGGGAGGAGCAUGUACCUGCAGACCUUGAUCUUAUCUUUCUUGAACAAGCCAUUAACGACGAGCUGCUUCUACGGAAUAUUGAUUCUUAUGAGCUUUUAGUGAGGAGUCUAUUAGAUUUGCCCACGUCGCCAGCGAUUGUGAAUCUGCACGUUUUCGCCCUCAUGUUCAACUCGAUAACACUGGGAGGUGAUUUGCAUCAAAGCAUUGCCCAAUUUUACGAUCUCCCUGUACUCUCUCUCCGCAAUGCCCUUUUGAACGACAUGCUCAAAAAUGAAUCUCUCAUCUCCGAGUAUUUCUUCGUCCAUCCCGAAGGCGACAUUGACCUGCGCCAUAUUUCGAGGAAAGGACAUAAUGUCAUGGGUAGAAUAGGAGCGGCCUACAUGGAUUCUCAAAUAUGUGAAAUGGACAAGUACGAGCAAGGUAUCCCUGGAGCGGAUUCAAUGUCGAUCGAUCAGCUUUAUCCGGUUGAGCCUAUCCCAAGGAUGCAAAUAAAUAUGAAGUACGACAAAGAUCUUGUCCUCCCGACUAUCAAACCCCAAUGUUUCUCAGCAAAUAGUGAGAAGCAUCCGCUCGUACCUGUUGAGAACAAUGGUUGGCGUAAAUGGAACUGGAAAGAGAAACAUUACCUUGUGGCCGAUGUCCCCGGCUCCCGAGUAUCUUUCAAACUUAAAACAAAUAUGGGUAAAAUAGAGGUACAGUACUUGCGUUCAUAUCAGUAUCAUCAAGGGAGUGCGAAGUGUUGGGUAGAUGAAGAGGUUGAGAAGGCCAUAAAGUUGGAUGGGUAUUGGAAAGAGCCCUACAAUAUUGGACGAGCCGUAACAAUUAGAGAAGGCCUCGAACCUGGAGAGCAUACCCUGACCUGCGAAUUAUUGAAACAGACUGCCGACCCAGAAGGUGGUUUGGAGUUUAGGUUGAUAUCCAUCAUGAGCAUAUAAUACUGUGUUACAUCAUGGCGUUGGAGUUUCUUCGCAUUAUUAGGGGCACUGCAGGUUGUCGUCGCAUGUCUAUUAGUGAUGAAUGGCAGUCUUGGCACAUCCUA